UGACGUAGGACGCGCAUCGGACGAGGCGCCGGGUCGGGAUCGCGAGCGAGAGAUUCGCCUCCCGCGCAGACGCACAGAGGCGGUAGAGACAGAGACACACGCACACAGAGACAGAGUCCCUCACACAUUCGGUUUACAUGCCUCAUCCUCCUUCUCGUCGUCGUCGUUGUUGUUGUAAACAACUUGUUCAGUAACGCGCACUGACAGUAGCGACACGCCGGGUGUUGUUGUGGGUCGGCGUGUCCCCCACAUUGAGGCUUCAGCCCCAGGAAGAGGUGGCUACAGACAGAGGAGUCGUACACGAGGUACAGACAGGAGCUGAGCUCCGUUCCGUGUCCCCCCGCACACGAAGGAUCUCACUUCUUGUCCCAUCGGUGCUGGCUGGCUUCACCACCAUGGCUCCACGUCCGAACAGGAGUCGCACCGUCGUUGUAACAGGGUUCGGUCCAUUUCGAGAGCACAAUGUAAAUGCGAGUUGGGUGGCUGUGCAGGAGUUGGAGAAGCUGGGUCUGGGUGAGGACGUUGACCUGAAAGUGUUUGAGAUCCCUGUGGAGUACCAGAAGGUGCAAGAGCUUGUGCCAUCUAUAUGGAAGCUGCACAACCCCCAGUUGAUGGUUCACGUGGGGGUGUCGGGGGUGGCGCAAGCCGUCACGCUAGAGCAGUGUGGGAAGAACGUGGGCUAUGUGGUGCUGGACAAUGCACGCUGCUGUCCGGGCAGCCACUGCUGCGUGGAGGGAGGGCCAGAAUGCCUCCAUUCCAGGGUGAACAUGGAGGCCGUGCGGGACAAGGUGCGCGCUCAGGGGCUCGAGCUGCAGCUUGCCGUGUCGGAUGACGCAGGCAGGUACCUGUGCGACUACACCUACUACUAUUCGCUGUACCUGAGCCAUGGCAAGGCGACGUUUGUGCAUGUACCCCCACUGGACAAGCCAUAUAGUGCUGAAUUGCUGGGCCACGCUCUUAAGCUCAUCGUGCAGGCCAUGCUGGAGCAGUUGGAUAAUGUGCAGGAAAGCUGCCUUUAGCACAAGCACCACAUUCCCAUUUAAUCACCCGCUUCUGAAAGCCUGCGUGUAAGAAUCAUGCCCAUGCAACUUUGCUCUGUACACUCUGCCACCUUCGAUCUGCAAAAGCAGGUUGAGCAAUUGUGGCACCUAUUCUUGUUUGCAAAUACAUGUUAUAUAACUGAUUUGGUCGAUGCAAUUAUUUUUCAGCAGCAGUAAAUGGAACCAGGCCAUUUAGUGCGCAGCAGGGCAAUAAUUUGAUGCACCCUUAUCUGUACUGACAUGUCAUUUGCAUUGAUUUUCUGUCAGCCUCAUUAGAAAGUGUUUCUUAUGUUCCUAAACAGACUUUGUUGAUUUGUUUAGAAUGAUCAACCUAAUACAUUACUACGGAGCUGGUGCAAAACUGCAACUGAACUAUCUUAAUGUUUAAAUCAAAGGUCUGCUUAUCGAUGAGCCAUUAAACAAUACCACAGCCUAUAACUCCUUUGCAACCUACAUCACAAUGGGGCAUUUAGCAAGCUACAGUUGUCAAUAUUUUUGCAACAAUGGCUUAUUUGAUUAAUAGUAACCUUUGGCUUAAAACUUUCGUGACUGCAUGAAUUCAUAUUCUUGGUUAUUUCGGUAAAGUCCCAUAGAAAAUAAAAUGAAAUUAAAAAUAAUAAAUUUAAAAUAAAAGCAAAAACCCACGACGUUUAGAUCGCAACACACGCGGUCUUCAUCAGGUGGAGAGAAAAGAGGGGGCAAGCCUCCAAAUGCAACUGCUUAUAGGGUUCCCAAAGUGAGUGAGCGGGGGACGAAAGUUGGGAGGGCUGACUUGAUUUGUGUUUUCUUGUCAACCUCUACCGUCAGCAGUCUGGAUGUGUGUCGCCAGGUGCAAUGCCUCCCCCCCCCAUCUCUACCACCCCCUCUCCCCACUGGCUCUGCCAGUUGGGGGGUGGCACGUGCCCCCCCAAUGAUCCGAUCGAAAUCCCUAAUUUCGAAGAACCAAAGAGUAUGGAUUCCUGCAGUCACGAAAGCUUCAAAUCAAGAUUGUCUACUCCUACAUUACCACUGGCUGACUUACACCGCGCAGCUCUCGUCCCCCGCCCACUCACUUUGGAAACCCUUAUAAGCAGUUGCAUUUGGAGGCUUGCCCCCUCUUUUCUCUCUGCUUGAUGAAGACCGCUUGUGUUGCGAUCGAAACGUCGUGGGGUUUUCGCUUUAUUUUCUAUCUACGUGACCUUACCGAAAGAACCAAGAAUAUAAUAGUAACCUGUUUUCACUGUAAACUUUGAAAUUAUAUUUCGAUUUAAAGCUUUCGUGACUGCAGGGAUUCAUAUUAUUGGUUCUUUCGGGAAAGUCACGUAGAAGGGAAAUAAUAAUUGCUUUAUGUUUAUUAUUUUAUUAUUUCCCUUCUACGUGACUUUACCGAAAGAACCAAGAAUUUGAAAUUAUAAUUAUUUAUCAUUAUUUCAACAGCAUUCCCUGCCUCAAUUUUAAUUGAAAGGAAAAUAUAGGCUUUAGGUAACUUAUUUUCAGAUGGCACAGUAAUUGUAUUGUUUCAAUAAACUUACAUUAAACAUGUGAUUACUAGAAAAAUCAUUUUGGAAACUGAAUACUUUUGCAAACUCAAUGCCACAAUGAAAAUGUGUAUGGUUAAAACUAAAUGUUUUGAUCUGUACAGAAAGGUUUGUAUCUUUUUGUACAGAGUAUAGUAAAUUUACAAUAGACAUCAAAAUGCAAUAUUUCAAUGGAUAGUUAUAUAACACUAUACUUUUAAAUUGUGAAUUAAAUAGCCAAAUGGUAUGAAAAUUAAGAUAUUUUUCUCCAAGGCCAAAGAGUAACCUACAUGUAUUUAAUUGUGCACACAAUUGAAUUAUGCAUUUGUUUACAUAUCUUCAUGGCCAUAGUAAAAUACAUCUGCUUGCACAUGCAUACAAAUGAUACCACAUGCUACAUCUGAGCACCUGCAUGAUUGAAAUUGCUUCUUGAGCAGUUGAGGGAUGUAAAUGAGAAUUAGCUGUUCCAUUGGACUCCUUGCAGUGUAAACAGGUUGAUUUCUUGGGUGUCCAAAUACAAAACAGCUGAUUAAAAAAUAGACGAAACACCUCAAAAACAUUAUCUAGAAAAACUUAGAUUUUGCAAGUAUUGUAAUUACAUUUUGUCACUGAAGCACAAUCGUUCACCUUAAAAUGAAUAUUGGCAACAAAUUGUUAGCAUUUCAUAUUGAGCAAUGACAAUUUAUUAAAAAUGUACACUUGAGACAUAAAAGAUAAUUGAUUAGUCCAAAUCCCAACAUAAAUGGACUGCAUGCUUAAAGCCUAAAUCAUACUUAUAUUUUACAAACCGAUGUCGAGAUUAAAAUGCAGAAUUAAUUUUUUUACCGCGAACAAGGAUUCAAAAGCUGCAGUUCGAGAAAAGCAUUUUUUACCAGGACUUUAAUUGAUAUUCAACAAGUGGUGAUUAUAGAUAUUGUUGUUAGUUUUCUGUUGUAACAUUUGAUUCUAAAAUUCUUAAGCACCAUUUUACAUGCUUGCACUUGGCAACUACUUCUAAAAGAAAGCAUGUGGCCAUGCAGACAGGUCUAAUGCAGUCUCAUAGGAAACUCAUUUGUUUGGAUAUUAUUCAUAUUUUAAAGUUGCAUAGUAACGUAUAAACAUUGGAUAGGUGCUCCAACUUACAAUAAAUAAUUGAUAGGUGGUAUAUUGAUGGAGGCUCCGAAAGACACUGCAUUAUAUUGAGUCUUUGUAAAUGUUAUAAUUUAUAGACAACAUUCAUAAUGUAAAAAUCAUAAAUAUACACAUUUUUCAUCGUCUUUUCUUGCUGUACAGUUUUAACUGGACUUGGUCUUGUGGAUACAAACACAUUACUUCAAUCGUAAACAUUUCCCUUGGUUCCUCCAAGUGGUUUUUGUCUGCUGACAACAGCAGUGAAUAGCGGUCGCCCUUUGAUGCUCUCUGCAGAAGAGAUUUUCUGUUUAUUUGCCAUUGAUGGAGCCCUGUGGUUGAGGGUUUAAACAAAAGGAAUAUCUACAUUUAAUAUUUGCAGUGUAAAAGUUGUGAAUUAUCUAAUACGGCAGUUAUAUUGCCAAUAUUAGAAUGUCACUGAAGUGCAGAUUUGUGAAUGUGUCCGUUAUUAUUGCAUGUCACAAGCCUAUUGCCAUUCGUUUUACUUCAUUGGCUUCAGAGUUAAUCAAAUGUUAUAUCUUAAAAGUGAAUGAAUAACAAAAACACUGUAAAUACAUGUCAAGUUCCAGGCUACUUAAUUAUAAUUCAAUGUGACAUGCCUGCAAAAGUACAAAGGUGAUUAUCGUACUUGGAGAGCAUGUCCAAGGUUUUCUGUGUAGACUUGGUUUUCUUGUGCUGAGCGCCGUACAGGAUUGUUUGAACAUCCAGACACUGAUAAAAGCGAAACAAAGUAUUAUAUGCCUAAAAAAAUACGGUCUUGUUCAACUUCAUGUCAAUACUACAUAAAAUGGUGUUAUAGUUAUGAUACUUUUUAAGGGAUAUUGCACCUAGUCUUCUUUCACUUGAAUUGCAUACUUUCCCAAAUCAUGGUCAAAAUAUAUUGUCCCUACAUAAGAUGCUAAAACGCAGUAACAAUUUACAACCUUUUGUCAAUCCACUGCCUCCCCAUGCCAUGUAAUCAUCGUGGUUGUUAACCAUAGUUCAUGCUCCAUAAUAGUUAAUGCUGGUAAAUGAAGAUUGAAGGUUGAUGGCCAGGACCAGAUUAGAUAUAUUAAGUUUUACUGAUAUAAGCAAAGGUUGGGUAUCAAACUCAAAUGGGCAAAUUCGUAGUACAGGGCAUAAACCACUGCGCCACUACCGCACUACCAAAUGUGUUUUUUAUGAACAUUACUUGCAAGGGAAUGCUUUAUGUGAAUACUUAAGACCAACCCACUGCGAAAUUUUGAGGAAUCUGCACGUUAUGCAAUAGAAAGUAACAUUCUGUGAAACUACAAAAUCAUAUUUUUGAUAACGUGAUGAUUACUAUAUUUCCCAAUAUUUCCCCUGCAAAGCUACCUUGUUGAGGUGUUUGUAAGCUUUUUCCAAUUGGCCCUCGGCCAUUCGGAUUCCUCCCAUGAGGUGGUGAGUCUCCGCCAGUUCCUUGCUGAACUCCCCAAACACAGACGCCUUGACAUUCAGGGAGAUUUGGAGCCUGACAAUUGCUUCCUGUAGCAAAUAGACAAUUCCACCAGCAAAAUAAUGUGCUGCAUCUUUUACAUUUGACACGAGAAGACUAUGGACCAGUGAGAGUUUACUUUUAUCAAGCACUUUGGGAUGUCAUUAGUUUGCUUCAUUGUGUACAGAAACCAUGCGUGUCUUAUUGCAAUUUGUUGAGCGCUGUUGUAUUUUUCAGUGAUAAAUGCUAAACUUCGAUGUUAGAUUUAAUUUUUGAAUUGCAAAUAUUGAUAUUGACAGGCCUUCGUUUAAAUGUCUUAAUGUUUGUGUUCUUAUCUAAUAUUUACCCUCUACUAUUAUUAGAAUAUACUAAUUUAUCAUGAUGAUCAGGGUCAAAAAAUAUGGUUACAGUAUAUAUUAAAUCGUUAUUUUUUCAAAUAAAUGUUAUUACAUGAAAAUCAGUCUUA